AUGACCGCUGUAAUCAGAAUGCUUGCUUAUAGAGUGUCGGCUGAUUUCAUGGACGAAUACAUAAGGAUUGGAGAAACCACUGCAAUAAAAAGCUUAAAAAAAUUUGUUAAAGCGGUAGUUUCAAUCUUUUCUGAAGAGUACUUGAGGUCACCAAACAACAAUGACAUUGCAAGGUUGUUAGCGGUUGGCCAACACCGUGGAUUUCCAGGAAUGCUGGGGAGCAUCGGCUACAUGCAUUGGAAAUGGAAGAAUUGUCCAAGGUCUCACAAUGACAUCAAUGUCCUAGAGCGGUCUUCUAUAUUUUCUGAGCUUGCUGAAGGGCGUGCUCCUCCAGUUAAUUACUUGAUAAAUGGUAAUGACUAUUCGAUGGGGUACUAUCUUACAGAUGAUGAGCGACAUACUUACCUUGGAGCAAAUGACUUUGAUUAUGAUCAAAUCGACGAUAAUGGACCCGAACCAGUGUCACAUAAUCCCACUUGUAACCUUAUGCAGUUCAUUGAACGUCAUAAUUCCAUUAGAGAUAGAGGAAUUCAUUCUCAACUUCAAGCAGAUCUCGUCCAGCAUCUAUGGCAACUACAAGGCCAGUUGUAA